GAAGGCGGCGGGCCUCGGGGGCGGGGCCGCACUGAGAAGCUGAGACGGCCGCGGCUGCUCGUCCUGGCUGGCGGGGCGGGGGUCUGGCGAUGGGGGCGGGAGGAACAACGGGUCGGUGAGCGCCACGGCCGCCGUCCCCGCCGAGCUCGCGCGGGCAGCCGCUGCGCCGUCGCUGCCGCCCGACCCCCUGAGAAGAGAACGUUGAAGCAGCCCUUCGCUAGCGGCCGCGGUGACAGCCCGGCUCUGGCGCGAUGAACCGCGGUGGCAGCAGCGCGUCGGCCUCGGCCAACUACCUGCUCUGCACCAACUGCCGGAAAGUGCUGCGGAAGGACAAAAGAAUCCGAGUGUCUCAACCCCUGACAAGAGGACCAAGUGCCUUUAUUCCAGAGAAGGAAGUUGUCCAAGCAAAUACGGCGGAUGAACGAACAAACUUUCUUGUGGAAGAGUACUCUACGUCCGGUCGCCUGGACAACAUCACCCAGGUGAUGAGCUUGCACGCUCAGUACCUGGAAUCUUUCUUACGGAGCCAGUUCUACAUGCUGCGUAUGGAUGGCCCCCUUCCCCUCCCAGACAGGCACUACAUUGCCAUCAUGGCUGCAGCCAGACACCAGUGUUCCUACCUAAUAAACAUGCAUGUGGAUGAAUUUUUAAAGACCGGAGGGAUCGCUGAGUGGCUGAAUGGCUUGGAAUAUGUACCACAAAGACUGAGAAAUCUUAAUGAAAUUAACAAGCUGCUGGCACACCGGCCCUGGCUGAUCACAAAAGAGCACAUUCAGAAACUUGUCAAAACUGGAGAAAAUAAUUGGUCCCUGCCUGAGCUAGUGCACGCCGUGGUCCUCUUGGCUCACUAUCACGCUUUGGCCAGCUUUGUUUUUGGUAGUGGCAUCAAUCCAGAGAGAGACCCAGGAAUCGCCAAUGGGUUCAGACUAAUCUCUGUGAGCAGCUUCUGUGUGUGUGACCUGGCCAAUGACAACAGCAUCGAGAACACCUCCCUGGCGGGCAGCAACUUUGGGAUUGUGGAUUCCCUAGGUGAGCUGGAAGCCUUAAUGGAAAGGAUGAAAAGGCUUCAGGAAGACAGGGAAGAUGACGAGACCACUCGGGAAGAAAUGACCACGCGUUUUGAGAAGGAAAAGAAAGAAAGUCUCUUUGUGGUCCCUGGAGAAACUUUACAUGCGUUUCCUCACUCAGAUUUUGAAGAUGAUGUGAUCGUAACAGCCGAUGUAUCUCGAUACAUUGAAGACCCAAGCUUCGGGUACGAAGACUUUGCCAGGCGAGGAGAAGAACAUUUGCCAACAUUCCGAGCCCAGGACUACACCUGGGAAAAUCAUGGGUUCUCACUGGUGAACAGGCUUUACUCUGACAUUGGACAUCUCCUGGAUGAGAAGUUUCGAAUGGUCUACAAUCUCACCUACAACACAAUGGCCACCCAUGAGGAUGUUGACACGACCACGCUGCGCAGAGCUUUGUUUAACUAUGUUCACUGUAUGUUUGGAAUCAGGUAUGAUGACUAUGACUAUGGAGAAGUUAACCAGUUACUUGAACGGAGCCUGAAGGUUUACAUCAAGACAGUGACCUGCUACCCUGAGAGAACCACGAAGCGCAUGUAUGACAGCUACUGGCGCCAGUUCACUCACUCAGAGAAGGUCCACGUGAAUCUGCUUCUGAUGGAAGCACGGAUGCAGGCCGAGCUGCUUUAUGCUCUGAGAGCCAUAACUAGGCAUCUGACCUGAAGCACCUGCAGGAAGGCGUCCGCAUGCAUCAAGGCCUCUCGCCCGGGACUCCCAUCAGAACUUGUUUGUGACGCACCUCAGCAGUUACUUGGUUCUCUAGUGUCAAAGUAUAGCUGUCGGGGUUGUUUUUGUUUUUGAUUUUAUUUUUGUUUUGUUCUUGUUGUUAGGGUUGCUUUGUUUUGUUUUGUUUUGUUUUGAUUUUUUUCUGGCUGUCAUGUGCAAUGGUGUGUUUUAUAUUUCUCAAUGCUUAACGUUGCUAACAAUUGCAAAAGUAACCCUGGCGAGUACUACUUUACGUUGUUAGAGUUGGAUUUUCAGAUCUGACCAUAAAUCAUGAACUGGUUUGUUAAUGCUUCACUUCAAUACUUUGAAGUUCAUAUGUAUGUGUAUUAUUUUUCUUUACUUAAAAAAAAA